AUGCUAGCGUGGUUCUAUCUGGCCGUCGCCGUCCAGGUCGCACUCGGAUUCGUUGCUAUUUCGAGUUUCAUAACCAUCAUAGAGUUUCGCGGGACCAUUUGCGCAUUUGCUCGACCGCCACCAAAAGGCUUACACAUACUGGUCGCGGGAUGCUUUUUAUCUGUGCUCCCGUGCGAGACCGUGAUUCUCGUCGCGACGUAUCUGCAUGCAAUAGAGGCAAAGCAAAAGCACUUCUUGAGUCGUGAAUCCGCUGCUUUACCGGUUCUACGACGUAUGUAUCAAGAUGGUGCCAUCUAUCUUCUGAUCGCCUUUGGAACGCGCCUUGGUGGCUCUAUCGUGUGGCUCGCGUGCCCUGCAGAGCUCAAGUUUGUUUCCGACUUUCUCAUCUAUAGUCUGAGCAGUGUGGUUUCGACUAGAUUCUUCCUCGGACUACGGCAACUGGUACAUAGACCCACUGUUCAAACGCAGUGCCCCACUACCUUGGAGGGCUCGCUCUUUGUCGAUACGUACAGCUUACCGGUCGCAAUGACGCGCAACCCCGAUCCUAGUAUACGAGACGCCGGAGCAGCCGUGUAUCUGUACGACUUCGCACUCACGUUGGCCGCAGAGAUUCAGUUUUUUUGGACGACACGGAGUGCACCAGUUGGGAGAUAUCUCUUUCUUUUUACUCGAUACGCCCCCAUCCUCGGGCUCUCCAUCGGCCUUAUUGAAUUGAACCCGUUUAGGUUACAUCUUUCGGAUCAGAUGUAUGUGAAAUCCCUAUUCGUGCGAGCUAAUGUGACAGAUCCAUAG